AAACAUAAUCAACGAGAGCAAGAGAACUUGAGCUUAAUCUUAGAAACAAGAAAAGCAGAAAGUAUAGUAAAAAUAGGGAAUACUAAAGGAAAUGAAGAAUCCAAAGCAGAGGAGAGCAGUAGCUCAUCCUCUGCUGGAUCACCCCCCAGUGAAAAGUUAAGGUCAGUUAGUGCCUCUCCCUUUAUUGAUGGUGUCUCAAGAAGUGAUUCAUUUGUGAGGGAUAACCACCAUUUCCUUGAAACUGCGGAUCUCCACCCUGCACCUUCAACGUUGAUCACUAAUGAUCAGGGAGGAGAUUAUCCUCCUGCAAUAGGCUUUGGGGACGCAAAAUACAUAUGUUUGUUGGAAUCUUCAAAGUUAUGGGCAAUUGCAGGCCCCAUAGCAUUCAAUAUCCUUUGCAAUUACGGAGUUAACUCGUUCACGAACAUCUUCGUUGGCCACAUUGGAGAUAUUGAGCUAUCUGCGGUUGCAAUCUCUCUGUCUGUCAUUGCAAAUUUCUCUUUUGGUUUCCUGCUUGGUAUGGGCAGUGCUCUUGAAACGCUAUGUGGACAAGCAUUUGGAGCAGGGCAAGUAAAUUUACUUGGAGUGUACAUGCAAAGAUCAUGGAUAAUUCUGUUUGUUGCUUGCUUAUUCUUGUUGCCGCUGUAUGUAUUUGCUACUCCAGUACUAAAACUGCUUGGACAACGAAAAGAUAUCGCAGAACUUGCUGGAAAAUUUACUAUUCAAGUUAUCCCUCAAAUGUUCUCGUUAGCCAUCAAUUUCCCUACUCAAAAGUUCCUGCAGGCACAAAGCAAGGUUGGAGUUUUGGCAUGGAUUGGCCUUGCAGCUUUGAUCAUACACAUUGGGGUGCUUUAUCUCUUCAUAAACGUAUUCAAGUGGGGUUUGGCUGGUGCUGCCAUUGCUUAUGACAUCUCAUCUUGGGGCAUUGCUUUGGCUCAGUUAGCUUAUGUGGUUGGUUGGUGCAAGGACGGAUGGAAAGGAUUGUCUUGGUUAGCCUUUAAGGACAUUUGGGCUUUUGUUCGGCUCUCCAUAGCUUCAGCUGUGAUGCUUUGCCUGGAGAUUUGGUAUUUUAUGACCAUAAUUGUUCUUACUGGACACCUUGAAGAUCCUAUCAUCGCAGUUGGGUCCCUUUCUAUCUGCAUGAACAUCAAUGGUUGGGAAGGCAUGUUGUUUAUUGGAAUCAAUGCAGCUAUAAGUGUUCGAGUUUCUAAUGAGCUAGGAUCAGGCCAUCCGAGAGCUGCAAAAUACGCUGUCAUUGUCACAUGCAUUGAGUCUCUCCUUAUUGGGAUCCUUUGUGCAGUGAUUAUUCUGGCAACUAGGAACCAUUUUGCUAUAAUUUUUACUGCUAGCGAAGAGAUGAGAAAAGCGGUGGCCAAUUUAGCAUACCUUCUUGGUAUAACCAUGAUCUUAAAUAGCAUUCAGCCAGUAAUCUCAGGUGUUGCUGUGGGAGGUGGCUGGCAAGCCUUGGUGGCUUAUAUAAACUUGUUUUGUUAUUACGUUGUCGGCCUUCCUCUAGGGUUUCUUCUUGGUUACAAAACAAAAUUGCAUGUCAAGGGAAUUUGGAUAGGCAUGAUUAUUGGGACUUGCCUGCAGACAUUGAUCCUUGUUUUUAUUGUUUAUAAAACCAACUGGAACAAGGAGGUUGAACAAGCUUCUGAACGAAUGCGAAAAUGGGGUGGACAAGAAGAGCAACAACUAUCCGGCGAUUCGAAUCAAAUCAACAUUUUGACCACUUAAAUUUCUCCUGGCACCAUAAAUGCCUAAAGAAUUUUCUUGUAUGUUUAGAAAUUUGUAUUUGUUUUCCGUUGUCCAAUUCAAUAAUUUAGGCGGUGUAUUAAACAAUUCCAGAAUUUAAUUUCAUCAAAAUUCAAAUGCUUCUUGCAA